GUUCCCUCGGAUUACGCCAGCCUCGGUCGCACCACCGAUGGUCCCGGUUUCAGUUUCCUUUUCCCAGCCCGGUCUGACCGUCGCUGCUGCACCAGCCUGCCCAGCUCCACGUUUACUCCGCUGGGAGGACUUCCUGCACUCGUGCGGUCCCCCGUCCCCUGCCCCCGCUCCGGUUCCAGCUCAGCUGUGUCCCACUCCGGUUCCAGUCCAGUCGUGUUCCGCUCAGCUUUCAGUUCAGUCGUGUCCCGUUCAGGUUCCAGUCCAGUCGUGGUCCGGGGCCUGCCACACCUGUAUCGGUUCCUCGUGGCCCGGCCCUGGCCACGUCUCCACGUCUGUUUCCACGUCUCCCUGUCUGGCUCCGGCCACGUUCGUUUCUGCUCCGGGUGGUCCGGCGUCAGCCGCGUCCACCCUGGUUCCCCGUCUGGUACCGUCUCCAGCGUCAUGUCCAUCCCGGACUCGUCGUCUGGUCUGGUGGCCUUCUGCCGCAGGGGUGGCGCUGCCUCCUGCGGCGUCGUCCGCCUCGACUCCUCAGGUUCAGGAGAAGCUGGAGCAGGAGAUCACUGAGCUGAAGAGGAGAGACGCUGAGCUGGAGCAGCUCUCACACACAGAGGAUCACAUCCAGUUUCUACACAUCUACCCGUCACUGCCAGCACUGAGUGGAUCCACACACUCAUCCAGAACCAACACCCGUCCUCUGAGAUACUUUGAGGACGUGACAGCAGCUGUGUCAGAGCUCAGAGACCAAAUACAGGAGGUUCUGAAGAAGACGUGGACAAACAUCUCACUGACAGUGACUGAGGUGGACGUUUUACUGUCAGGACCAGAACCAGGACCCAAGAGCGAGCAGGGUUCUUAAAAUAUUCAUCUGAAAUCACACUGGAUCCAAACACAGCCUUUACACAGCUGUU